AUGCCCAACAAUACAACUAUGGGCCUUGGAGCGCAAGUUCGUCUACUCGAAGGUUCCGGAUUGACUCUGGUUCUUCUUCUCUCGCUACUGCUAAAUCUCUCAGUUUGUGGUAUCAUUUGGCGGACAAGACAGUUGAGAAACAAGCCAACGAACACGUUUGUAGCAAACUUGUGCAUCGCGAAUUUGUUGUUAACAGCUUGUGUAAUCCCGUUUAGCCUUGCUACUGUUAUUCAAGACCAGCACGGAGGCUAUACUCACAUUCUUUGCCAGGUAACGUAGUUAUUUAAUCAUCUUCUAUGACUGAGAAUUUUAGUCGCUUGUUACUUGCGUGUACUACCUUGGCUGUACCUUGGGGGUGUUAAGCAGUCCUUGAUUUGCUUAUGGCUUGUAACGCGUGCAAAAUUCCCUUUUUUCCUUUCUCCGAGGCUUGCUCUGUUUUCCGUAGGUAUGUCCUUCGCUUAGUGUUCUAUAGUCAAAACGAUAAACACAAGCAUCUAUGCUGAUUAUAUUGGCAGUUCCUGGGCACCUUAACCUUGACACUUCACUUCUCGGUGAUUUGAGGAAGAUAUAACCGCGACUUUGUCUUACUCAGUACACGUUUUUGUUGUUGUCGUUGAUGCUGGUUAUAGCCUGUUUAGACGUUCCCCCGGAGGAGGGACGUCUGUACACAGGCUAUGCUGGUUAAAGCUACUUGAGAGUUGCUGUUGUUUAUGUACAGUUUGAGAUGCCCUUUUUGCGCGUGCGUCGCGGCGAUCAAAGUGAAAAAUGCUUCAUGCGUGUGUCAGUAUACAAUGAAACAGUUUGGUAUCUGUAGCAACAGCCACUAAAAACUAAACUUAAUUUUAGUCCUCAGGAGGAAAAGCAAAUAAUGACUUGGGAACCGAAAUGAUGCCUGCUUUUCGCUUUUCAUUGAUUUUAACUUCACGAUUCAAUACUAAAAAUUACAAGGACCUUGAUUAAGGUAAUGAAAAUUACAGGAAAUGUAUAGAAACAGCUAUUGCACUUGGAAAUCGGAAACAAUAUUUUGUUUUUCUAAAAGAUUCCACACACGCGCAUUGCGAGCUGGCCUGGGCCCGGUUGCAUAAAACGCCCGUAACUGUUACGGGUAUACGUACGUGUACUCGUAACUUAAGUGAGUUGCAUUAAAUCACUUACGUGGUUCACUUAGGGGUUUCACUUAAGUGGCUGCACUUACGAUUUUCGUAAGUAUCCACUUAAGUGUCAUUUAUCCAACAGAAAUUGCGGGUGUUGCAUAAAACUUUUUUUACGGGAAAAAUGGCAAGUAAAUUUACGGGACCUAUGUAGGUCCCGUAUCCUUACUGUUUCUACUAAAGUUAACGAGAUCUUUCACUGAGAAGUGAAAAAAAAGUUUUUCAUUUAAGGGACUGUGCAAUAAUUAUCAGGAGGGGGGCUGAAAAACUGGAGGGGGGGCAUUACAUAAAAUUUCUGCCAAGAUAGGGGGGGCUCCAAGUAAAAUCACUCAUUUGACGGAGGGGGGGCCUUAAGUUUUAUAGGAAAUGUAAAUAGAAUUAAACGCAAUAAAAGAUUCUCAAUACAGGCAUCAUGAUAGACUGUAACAAAUAUCAACACGAACAGCUGUUAAACGAUUAUUGAAAAUAUUCCAUCAAAAUGAAAAGCACAUUCACAACUGAUCAAUUUUAACCCGUCUUCUAAUUAAUUGAGCUGAUCCUAUGUAAAGCAAAAAAUCAUGAACUUGUUUUUCAGCUUCCCCCACAAAACAAUGGGAAUCAAACAGAUCUCGUAGACAAGCUUUGUCGGUUUUUGUGAAUAAAAGUAAUGUUUCUUCAUCGACUGAAUCGAUUUUCUGAAUUCCAUAUAUAUAUGUGGUUCAAAACAAAGUUCAACAGGCUCUCCUCCCAAGGAUCUAAAUAUAAUGCAAGCUCUUUUUCGAUUGUUAUUUGAAGCGUUCAAUCUCCUGUUCUUUGAUUUUUUUCUCUGCUCCUUUCUCUUGAGACAAUGUGGUAAGCACCCCGGUACUUAGCAAAUGCUUUGUCUAAAUCUUCAAUCAAGCGAUCAACAUCCUUCUCGAUACUAGAUGUUACAUAAUAACGUUUGUCAUUAUUGAAGCUGUGAUGGCAGCUCAGUCCAGUUUUGAGUUUACCAGUGUGGUCGGACGGGGGGGGGGCGACGUUAUUUUUAACAUAACAGAGGGGGGGUUAGAACUAAUUUUUUUUGUUUUGGAGGGGGGGUACUGUCUAAGUUUUUGCUAGAUAACUCUAGUUUUUCAGCCCCCCCUCCUGAUAAUUAUUGCCCAGUCCCUAAGUAAUUCCGUUCUAAUGCGCUUUGUUAACCUCUGAUGUUCACUUUAUUUAAAGCCGUCUUACAGAAAAAAAGUAGAACAUCCAACAAACAUUAUCAGUAAAUAUUCUUGUAAAAUAACGAUGGCAUGCAAACGUAUUUCAACGAAAGUCAACGGACUUGAUGAGUUGCACUCAUAGGAUAUUAAAAUGUCAAUCUUCUUUCCUGAAUGAUCUGAAAAUAUUUAAAAACUGUCAUCAGCUUCAAUAGAUUAUAAGGAUUGUGAAAAAAAAAACAAAAACAAAAACAAAAAAAAACGAAAGAACAAAUUCCUGACGUUUUUUUCGACCCUCUUCAGUUUCAUUAAUGUCGUCUUGGUACCCUUCAUCAGCAUUGCUGCUGUCGCCCGUAGCUUCUUCUUCAUCAUCGUUUGGAAAAACAUUUCUACAUUUCUAGGAUGUCAAUGAAACGGAAUUCUGAAGAUGAGCAAGGCUCUAACCCCAGAAAAAAAGCGCCGAAUUUUAAGCCGGAUAAAAUCGCAUUUUUUUUUCUCCAUGAGGUAAAAAGGAGAAAGAUGACUCUAUUUGGUACUUUAUCUCCUACUCUGACAUUUAUAUUAAAAAUGCAAACAUGGUUGGAGGUUCACACAGCUAGUAUAGCCGUCGGGUUCCCACCAAGAACCAAGGAACAACUUAAAAAGAAAUGGGAGGACUUGUCGUCAGCCACUAAAGCCAAAUACGCCGAACGAAAGAAGACUGGGGUGCAGGUGCAAUAGAGUGGACUGAUGGUGACGAGCUAGUCACCGAGAUACUCGGAAAAGAAAAUCCCUACCUCGUAUCUAUAGUUGGUGGAAUAGACUCUGGGGAUAAUAUCCAAGCCAGAGAACACACCCUUGAUGCUUUAAGUGGUGCCAUUGAAGAAAUACAGCCUAUCGUCAACUACAUCGUACCUGCUAGUAGGCCCAGAUAGGGUGGUUGAAUUAGACUGUGGCUAGAGAACUUCGGAGAAGGAGUAAGAAGAGAGCCGUUUAAGGGAAGAACAAACAAAAUAACCAAACUGUACCUGAUUCCGACUCUGUUAGGGAAUAAGGACAUAGAGAAAGGAACAUUAAGAACAUAUAUGAAGAGCAUUUAAAAGAAGAGCAUGAUUUCAAAAUGAGAACUCUAAAAAAGAAGGAACAGCGGCUUGAUCUUAAGUUGCAGUUGUUUAGACGAAAACUUAACAUUAACAAGUAGUUUAGAACCUGUGCUGAUAUUACAUUAAUAAAGUAAUUUUUAUUAUGUCGAAACUUCUCGGUCGAAUAAUUUUUUUUUCGUUAAAUGAUGACACACUUUUUUCUGUCUAUAUAAAACGUUAUCUCAACCGGCUGAAUUUAUCAUCUAACAGAGGCUCAAGAGUGUUCGAAACGACCAGCUAAUUUCUUUACACCCAUCGAUGGUUAGCUUAAAAAAAUAGAGUGGGUCACUAAUAAAGUACUCCAUCAAAGUUACGUUACCUGUACCCUUAUGUGAGCCCGUAAGUAACUACGUAAAACAGAAACUUACGAGAGUGCUAAGUGCGUUCCAUGCAACACCCGUAAGUGUGUCCAUAACGGAUUCGUAAGUGACCUACUUAAGUGAGCACUUAAGUGCAGGUUUUAUGCAACCGGACUCUGGUCCACUCCCAAGUGAGGCUAGACUACGAGUAGUCCCCAUUUUUCCUAGCCUACGAACAGCAGGCGCAUUUCCGGUCGUCGCUUCUCUCCCUCCGAAAAUAGCUAUUUUUCGGAGGGAGAGAAUCGACGACCGGAAAUGCGUGUGCUGUUCGCAGGCUACAUUUUUCCAGGGAUAGUAGAGCGAGCGAAACAAGAGUGCGUGAAAAUCAUCCUACGCGAGAAAGGCGUGGGACUACUCGUAGUCUAAAGUGAGGCUGAAGGGCGAAUAACAGGAAAAGCGUGUAGAAUGAGGCGAACCAAGCGGGGUCCUCGACUCACUUCGUUUGUCGAAGUUUUAUAUUUGUGCGUUUUUUGGCGUUAUUCAGCCCAACACGAAGCAGACGUGGAGCUCGAGGCACACGCUACUGGCUAUAUUUUCCCUCCCCCGCCGCACGUGUUUCGCGCUCCACGUCUGCUUCGUAGGCGAAGAAAUGUAUUAAUGAAAAAAAUGUCAAUGACGGGUCAACGUCAUCUGAGGUCUAUAAAAACGGGUGUUCAGUGCUGCUACUAAAAUACUUCGUUUUAGAACAACUAAUAAGAGGAAGCUGGGCAAACGAUCGAAGAGGGAUGCCUUCACGCCUGGACUUAAUUUUCUGUUUUCUUUUUUUGUUUCCAGAGCAACGGUUUCAUCAGCGUUGUAUCGAGUGUUGCUAUAGUGAUGACAUUGUGUUGCAUCAGCUUGGACCGAUAUAUCGCAGUCACCAGACCCACACGUUACAAGACCAUUGUCACGGUCAAACGCGCCUGUUACUCCUUGAUUGUGGUCUGGGGACAAGGGUUGCUUUACGCCUCUUUACCUCUCUUUGGAUGGUCCAGAUACCAGUAUGACGAAGGAACUUUGCAUUGCUCCCCCGUCUGGACUGCGAAUUGUUCCCUGUAUAUUUUCUUAGCUAUUGUUGGAUUUGGUAUUCCUAUAAUACUCAUGAUCUUCACGUACAUUCGCAUAUUUUUUGUCAUUCGCAGACACACUCGAAAAGUUUCAACGUUGCGCAGAGCAAAAAAUUUAGGAAAGAAAUCAAGCACUUGUAAAUUAAUAUCACUGUCGCAAAGACAUAGCGUUGAUCAAAACCAAAGUCCCAAUCUCGAAAUGAAUGGGAGGUUGUCGUGUUCUACAGACAAAAUAAUCCACCCAGUAGACGAACAAACGAUAUUUAAUUCCAACAUGGAGAUUUCAUCGUUCAACAAUUGCUGCAAAGAAUCAGGGUUGAACAAAAUACCGUCAGCAAAGGCAGAAGUCCCUUUUGAACACGAAGGACAGAAAUGUGCAAUUCAAACUGAGCCUGCAUCCGAAAACACCUGCAGUGAAUCUUCAAGUAGCGGUAAACGUGGAUCGAUGCGCUUUGGCGAGGUGCUCAGAAAGUAUUUUCCGCGAAAGCCACGAAACACAAACAAACGACCGCCGUCUAGGGAAUACAAAGUCGCUAAGACAGGAGUUCUCUUGCUGGUUCUGUUUAUCGUUCUCUGGUUACCGUACAUGGUCGUGCACAUAUGCUCUGCGAGAUUCAAAGCGCCGCAAGUUGUUUUUCGUUUCUCGAUGUGGCUCGUGUUUAUGAACGGAGUUCUCAACCCAAUUGCUUAUGCUUUCGGCAAUUCUACUGUUAAGAUGAAAUUCGAGCAAAUAUCUUCUACGAUUUUCACUUUUUGUUGUAAGUGUCGAAGAAAGAAAGGACGAGAGCAGCCAAAUCUCAGAAUUUCGGAAACGAUCUGA